AUGGAGGAAUGCAAGACGAUGUCCAUCUGUACCGCAGUUGCGGCUCAAGGGACACAUGUGUUUGAUAUCAUGGGUUACAGCAAGCAUAGGGGCAUGGGCAACGACGAAGACAGCCACAUACUGUCUGGAAUUUUCACUGUAGGCGGGUACGACUGGGCCAUCCGCUUCUAUCCUGAUGGGCACGGCAGCGCAUGCCCUAAUCACAUCACAGUUUUUCUCGAGCUUUUGAGCAAUAGCGCAAAAGUCCGGGCGUCCUGCGACCUGAGGCUGGUGGACCAGUGCACCGGAUUAUCGUCUUCGGUGCAUAAAACAGGGCCUAGGAUUUUUAACUCUGACGAUGUCAGUAAGUUUGCUCCACAAUUUGCUGGUUUCAAAAGGCGAAGCGAGAUUGAGGAAUCUGCAUACCUUCGGUUUGAUCGCCUGACGAUCGAAUGUAUCAUCACUGUUUUCAAGAAGCCACAUGUUACUCAAGCCAAUCCGGUCCCCCAAAUCCCCAAAAUCGACAUGCCACCAUCUGACAUGGCCGAGAAUGUUGGCAGGCUGCUGGAAGAAAGAGAAGGGUUUGAUGUCCGUUUCAUUGUUGGAGGAGAGACCAUUGAAGCUCAUAGGUUUGUGCUCGCUAUGCGGUCGCCUGUUCUUAAAGCUGAGCUCUAUGGUCCGAUGAGGGAGGCGAGGCCGGGGCAGUGCAUUACCAUCAAGGACAUGCAGCCUGCCGUCUUCAGGGCCCUGCUCCAUUUUAUCUACACUGAUUCUUUGCCUGGCCGUGAGGAUCGUGAGGGAGAUGAUGAUACUGAGAUGGCCCGGCUUCUACUAGUGGCCGCGGACAGAUAUGCCAUGGAGAGGCUCAAGAUGAUUUGCCAAAGCAUUCUUUGCGAGAAUCUGAAUGCGGAAACCGUGUCAACCACAUUGGCUUUAGCUGACCAACAUAACUGCGUCAAGCUUAAGGAUGCUUGCCUUGAAUUUAUCAAAAUAUCAAAUGACAAUGUGAUGGAUGCCGUGGUGGCAACCCAAGGCUUCAAGGAUCUGAAUGUCACUUGCCCAUCUCUCAUAGUGGAAGCAUUGGAGAAGAGAAGGAAGUCUUGUCAGGCUUAA